UUCUAUUAUUCUAUUUCUAUAUUUAUUAUUUAUAUUCUAUAUUCUAUUAUUCUACAAACUUGUUUGCUUAAUUUUUUUAAUCUCUCUUGCAGGUUUGUAUAUUUAUUAUUUCUUGUGACGUUUCAAUGUUUUGUACACAUAACCUAAAUUGUUUAUUUACAUCACAUAACACGGAAUAAAGUUGUGCUUCGUUGGUUAAAUAUAUCACGGAACAAGUGAGUUUUAAGAAAUAUUUCUGAUUAUAAUGUUAGAAGGGUGGUAUUGCCGGUCUUUGGCAAAUGAGGCAAUGGCAGCAGAGGAAGAGGAGCGUGCUCAAGAAGAGUCAAAAUUUAAGAAAGAAUACAAAUAUUUAAAACGGAAGUUUCAGAAUCUUGUAUAUGAAAAUGAAGCUUUUCAACAAGCUUUACGAGCUGCUCAGAAGAGGUUGUUGACUGUUACCCGAGAUAGGACAUUCCUAUUAGAUAGACUACAAAUGCAUGAGAAGAUUGAGAAUAGUACAUCUGAAUCUGAGGAUACUGAAUCUUCAGAUGAUGGGGAACAAAUUAGAGUAGAAAUGCCUAGAAGGAGAAAAUUGGAAUCUGUAUCUCAAAAUAAUGUACAACAUCCAAGUACUGGUAAAGUCUUGCAGCCAGUAAAGAAAAAACGUCCGCUGCCACCACCAAAACAACCAAAAUCCAUCCAGCAAACUAUGUUGUCGAGUAACAGUAAUAACAUAUUAUCUGAUGGUCAUAUGACGCCUGAGGAAGUUGAACGACAUUUGCAGUCACAAAGUUUUAUGGAGUUACUUCCUGAACGUGCACCUCCAACAGUACCAACAGAAAUGUUCAGUAAUGAACCAUCUUUAGACAGUGAAUCUAAUGACAUAGGUGAACUUGAGACUUCACCGAGCAACAUUGGCGAAGAAUUAAGUAUAGAUAUGAUGCAAGAAUAACUCUUGAAUGUUAUGUAAUUGUGUAUUUUUUAAAUUGUAAACUUGACGUAAUAUAGAAUUAAUUUGUAAUUGUA